GAGGGAGGAAAACUUCCUGGCUGGGACUCCGGCGGUUUCUGCCUGCCAACACUCGGAUCCCGCCUACCAGUGUUGGCUCUUCCCGACCCCUCCCCCGGCGCCCCCAGUGUCCGCCAUGGCCAAAGCCUACGACCACCUCUUCAAGUUGCUGCUCAUCGGGGACUCGGGGGUGGGCAAGACUUGUCUGAUCAUUCGCUUUGCAGAGGACAACUUCAACAGCACUUACAUCUCCACCAUCGGAAUUGAUUUCAAGAUCCGAACCGUGGACAUAGAGGGGAAGAGGAUCAAACUGCAAGUCUGGGACACGGCUGGCCAAGAGCGAUUCAAGACGAUAACUACUGCCUAUUACCGUGGAGCCAUGGGCAUUAUCCUCGUAUAUGACAUCACAGAUGAGAAAUCCUUCGAGAAUAUUCAGAACUGGAUGAAAAGCAUCAAAGAGAAUGCCUCUGCGGGAGUGGAGCGCCUCUUGCUGGGAAACAAGUGUGACAUGGAGGCCAAGCGGCAGGUGCAGAGAGAGCAGGCGGAGAAGUUGGCUCGAGAGCACAGAAUCCGAUUUUUUGAGACGAGUGCCAAAUCCAGUGUGAAUGUGGAUGAGGCUUUCAGUUCCCUGGCCCGAGACAUCUUGCUCAAGACAGGAGGCCGGAGAUCGGGAACCAACAGCAAGCCCUCAAGCCCUGACCUGAAAACAUCUGACAAGAAGAACAACAAGUGCUUGUUAGUCUGAGAGCAUUUCUUGCCUCCUAUUCACCCUGAACCUGGAGGCUAGACCUGAGGCAGUCGGACUGAGGGGUUACAGAUGGGAGAACUGUGGUGGACCCUCAAGAGGGAGAUGAGGGGAAUAAGGAGACCGUUGAGGACAGGACAGAAGAAAGGGGCAGAGAAAGGAGUGGGCGGAACCAAGGAUGUGAAAGGUGAACAGAAGGGAUUUGAGAAGAGGAAAGGAAGAAGAAAUGAAUGGCUCAGGUCUUGGACAGUUCAACAUUAAUGUCAAUAUGCUGCUCUCCAUUCCAGGUUCAGGGUUAGGGUCCUGAAAAGCUGGCUUGGCACCAUUCCGAGGGUCCCUCAGUCUACAAGGUCUUUGUUAGUAUUAAAGGCCACUGUUUUGCAUGAA